AAUCUGAGUGGAGGAACAAAAAGAUAAAAAUAAAACUAAAAUACAAAUAAAACAAAACACGAACACAGGAGAAUAAAGAAAGUUGUGGGGGAGCUAAGAAGAGAUUGUCCAACUUGGGGUUCUUGCAACCUGCGAGAAAGAGAGAAAGAGAGAAAGAGAGAGAGAGAGAGAUAGAAGCGAAGGCAACAAAGCUUUCAUUCGAUUCUGAGAAGACGAGGGUCGAGGGUCGAGGGUUCUCCACCUGUUCCCUUUCGUAUCCAAUCUUUCUGCUACAUGAUGUUGAACAAGUGAUAAAGAAUUUAUUCGGUGCACAGCAAAGCUGGUAUAUAUGGCUGGACUUAUGCCUGGAGAGUUGGCACAUCAUGGAGCUUCUGAUGGUAACUCUGGUAAAAGUCCUAGAGACAAGCUAGAGGAAGCAUUAGGUCGCUGGUAUAUGUCCAGAAAAGAAAUAGAGGAAAAUUCCCCAUCAAGAAAAGAUGGUAUUGACUUGAAGAAAGAGACAUAUCUGCGCAAGUCAUACUGCACCUUCUUACAGGAUUUAGGCAUGAGACUUAAAGUGCCUCAAGUAACUAUAGCAACAGCUAUAAUCUUUUGUCAUCGGUUCUUUCUUCGUCAAUCUCAUGCAAAGAAUGACCGAAGGACCAUUGCAACAGUCUGUAUGUUCCUUGCUGGGAAGGUUGAAGAGACUCCUCGUCCACUGAAGGAUGUUAUUCUUGUUUCUUAUGAUAUCAUCCACAAGAAGGAUCCUGCAGCUGCACAGAGGAUAAAACAGAAGGAAGUAUAUGAGCAGCAAAAAGAGUUAAUUUUGCUUGGAGAGAGGGUUGUGCUUGCCACUUUAGGUUUUGACCUGAAUGUUCAACAUCCAUAUAAACCUCUUGUGGAGGCCAUAAAGAAGUUCAAUGUUGCAAAGAAUGCCCUUGCACAAGUUGCUUGGAAUUUUGUUAAUGAUGGGCUGAGGACAUCGCUCUGCCUGCAAUUUAAGCCACAUCAUAUUGCGGCAGGUGCCAUUUUCCUUGCUGCCAAGUUCUUGAAAGUGAAGCUUCCAUCAGAUGGUGAGAAGGUUUGGUGGCAAGAGUUUGAUGUCACCCCACGCCAAUUGGAGGAAGUUAGCAAUCAAAUGUUGGAACUCUACGAGCAGAAUAGAAUUCCACCAUCACAGGGAAGUGAAGUAGAAGGAAGUGCUGGAGGAGGACCUAGAGCUGCUACAAAGGCUCCUACUGCAAAUGAGGAGCAGGCCUCAAAACAAAUAUCAUCUCAUCCAGCCCCUCAGCAUUCUUCUGCAGAAAGAAAUGCAGUGCCACCAAGAGGAACUGAAAACCAAAGCAAUGAUGGAAGUGCAGAAAUGGGCAGUGACAUUACUGAUCACAAGAUGGACUUGGAGAUUAGGGAGUCUCAGAAUUCAGAACAGUUGGCUCAGAAAGAUAACAAGAGAGAAGUGGCAAACAGAUCUAAAUCUGGGAGUGAACGAAUAGUUGCAGGAGACCAAGACAGAAUGGUUGGGACUAAGGAGGCCACAGAUGUGGGAAGGAGAGAUGAACCGGCAUUAUACAAUUCUGGCAGCAAUGUUGGCCGAAAUCCAGAGCGUCGGGAAGGCCCUCUAGGUCAUUCACCCAAAGAAGCUAUCAAGAUGAUUGACAAAGACAAGGUAAAGGCUGCAUUGGAAAAGAGGAGAAAGGAACGAGGGGAAAUGACAUUAAAGAAAGAUGUACUGGAUGAGGAUGACCUCAUUGAGAGAGCCCUAGAAGAUGGAGUUGAAAUUCCAACUGAGAAUGACAAAAUUAAGCACGAGAGAAGACAGAACUGGUCUAAGCUUGAUGGUGAAGAUGGCAAGGACCACGAGGAAACUAGGGACGGGAGGCACAUGAGCAUGAAGGGGCACUUACAGAAAGACAUUGAUGAAGACAAUGCAGAAGAAGGGGAGAUGGUUGAUGAUGCUUCAUCCUUGUUGAACAAUCGCAAGAGAAAGAUGGGGAGCCCUCCAGGUAGGCAACCAGAGAUGAAAAAGCGGCUCGAUUCCAGUUAUCACAAUGAUCUUGCUGAAUAAAGGAACUGGGAAGGGGAAGAGAGUUAGUUGCGUAGACAGGGAAACGCACAAGGAAUGAGGUGGAAAAUUAUUGUUGAGGUGAAGAUUCUGCUGUCCUUUAUUUUGCUUAUUGUGAUUUGGCUAAAGCGGUUGCUAAAGAAUUUAUGAUUCUGGAUGCUCUUGUUUGCCUUAUACAUUUCUUAUUUAUAAGGAAAGGGAUGCCUCAGUUUUGGUAGCGCCAACUAAAAGCUUAUGCUUUUCUUAUUUUUUGGGUGGGGGGUAGGGGAGGUUGUAUGAAAACCUUAUGUUAUUUAUUUAAUUUAAUACAUGUGAAAAUAUUUACCUGAAGGUGCGUUGCCAAAAAAUUCUGCAGGGCUAGUGAUCUGCAGUAAUCAAAAUAUGAAUUUUAUG